AUGUCGGCGCCCACCAUGGAGCUGUUCACCAACCAAGGUACCCUCUAUCAGUACGCUGGGGAGGAGGGCGAGCACCCCUACUACAAACCCCUCGGUGACGUGGACACCUUCACCAUCUCCCUGCUGAAGCACAAGAAGACGGCAGGCACUACCGGCAGUAACAACAGCAGUGUGGAGUACCUCAUCGCCGUGGCCGAGGAUGGGGAGAAGGUCUUUGAGCAACCCAUCGGCGUGGACCUUCAGCUCUCUUACUCCGCCCCAACCGCGUCCGUGCACUGGCCAGCGAUCAUCGAUGAAGAGCUUGAGACCGUUGCCUUCCGCUUCACCGCUCCGGCGGCGCAUGUCGCGCAGGUGACGGCGCAGUUGCGCAUGCAGCAGUUUGUGGAGCUGUACAACCGCUGUACCUACAGCCUCCUCACCGGCUACGACGAGGUAGACCCGGAGGACGAGUGGUACCAGUACCUCGGCGCCGCCACCACGCGCGAGGUCUGUAACGAAGAUGCCACCGAGCCCGUAUUCGAGUUCGACCCAACCCAGUUGACGAAGGCGAGCACCGGCGCCGGCAAUAUUUGCGCCGCAGAGUCGCUAAAGUUCAACCGCACCCUCGUUGUCAAGAAGAGCAACGAGGAGGCCACUCUGGAGCUGCAGGCGCUGCCGCAGACGGAGCGAGGCUUUGACCGGGCUGCCAUGGAGAAGCUCGUCGUGCGCGGCGUCGACGGCACCUCCACUGGAACUCUCCUGGAGAACGGGGACGUCACCAUGCUGCUCUUCGGCGGCAGCAGUGCGGCGGUGCAGCGAUUAGACCUCGCGCACGGCACUGUGGUGCAGGAGUACAAGCCAGCGGAUCUCCCCGUGCAGAGUGUGGCCUACGCAAACCAUACAGCGGCGAACUCUGGCCCCGUCUACACGUGCCUGGGCCGCAACGUUGCCUUCAACAUCGACGUCCGCAUGGACCCCCGCAGCUGUGUCGUCAUGGAGGAUGGGAAGCAACCGACUGACUACGCCUUGCCGUCGCUCCGGAAGGACUUCACCUGCCAUGCUACCUCGCAGAACGGCUACCUCGUCAUCGGUGAUGGGUCCGGGAACAUCCGACUCUACACCGGCCCGCCCGGCGCGCGCAAGCCAGCAGGCGGGUACUUCCCAAAAACUGCCAAGACGCUGCUGGACACCAAGGUGCCGAUCGUUGACAUCGACGUCACAGCCGACGGCCAGUAUAUCGUCGCGACCUCCACCUCGUUUCUCCUGUUCAUCGAGACCAAGUACGUGGACAGCAACGACAAAGAGUCGACAGGGUUUCAGACUCGGAUGGGAGCGAGAAAGCCGCAGCCCAUCAUCCUCCAGCCUUCACCGGAGCAAACACUCCGCAUGGGUGGGGCAACCAUGGUGCACUUCCAAACCGCGAAGUUCGACCGCUUUCCUGGCACCAAGGAGCUGUGCGUGACCGCCAGCUGCGGGGACUACCUCCUGACGUGGUCGCUGCGUGCGAUUGAGUCGUCUCAGCAGAGCGGACGCGCCGUCGUGAACUCCGCCGUGGCGGUAGGGCAGACCGUGCUGUCGACCUCAGCAAACCGUGCCUCGCACGUCGGCUUCCUUACCGGCAACGACGUCGGAGUCGUACCCGUGCAUGAAGCGAAGAAGGAGGUGAGUCGGACGUGGACAUGGGGGACCGAGUAG